GGUGUCCACUUCCAAAUCAACUUUGUGAGAGUUCGUGACGAUAACUCAUGUGACCUUUCUGCAAGACUGGCAAAUAGUCUCGAGACGGUUUGCGCGAGGGGGCGCAAAGGGGAGGAGGACUUUACAGCUCAGCCGCUGAUGACUUGGACUUUGACCGUAAAACAUAUCAAUAAUUACAAAACAAGCCGAGUGUUGACGCGUCUGUGGUCACAGCCGCCCCGCGGUCUGCUCUGUAGCUCUCUGCACAAAGCGGUCGAUGGAUUUCCAAACACUGUGCACGUUUGACACCUUUAAGUCGCUGUGGAGUCGCUACGGCUAUGGGGGGAACCUCCAGGACGUGAUUGACCAGGAGUUCAUACGGAUUAAAGGAAUAACGUAUCUGGAUCAUGCAGCGACUACUCUGUACCCAGAGUCUCUGGUCAGGGAGUACUUCCAGGACAUUUCAAGGAACGUGUACGGAAACCCUCACAGCCACAACCCCAGCAGCAGAUUGACACAAGACACGGUGGACAGGGUCAGAUACAGGGUAUUGCAGCAUUUUAACGCCACCCCUGAGGAGUACUCUGUGAUUUUCACUUCUGGUUGUACAGCCGCAGUGAAAUUAGUGGCUGAGAGCUUUCCCUGGAGGCCGCCAGCCGAGAGCCAGGCGGGAAGUCACUUCUGCUACCUCACCGACAGCCACACCUCUGUAGUUGGCAUAAGAGGGAUGGCUUGUGGCCGGGGGGUGGUUGCCCUGCCCGUCUCCCUGCAGGAAGUGGAGAACAGGGCGAGGACGAAAGGUGAAGAUGAUACUUGCCAGACGCCUCACCUCUUCAGCUACCCGGCGCAGAGCAACUUCUCGGGGAGGAAGUACCCCCUUGGCCUCGUGAGAGGCAUCCAGACGAGACGCCUUUACCCAGCGUGUGACCACCAGGGUCGCUGGUUUGUGCUGCUCGAUGCAGCCUCUCAUGUCAGCUGUUCCCCUCUGAACCUGCAGGAGUGCCCCGCUGACUUCGUUCCCGUCUCCUUCUAUAAGAUGUUUGGCUUCCCCACAGGUCUGGGGGCCCUUCUUGUCCGUAACGACGCAGCGGGCAUACUAAAGAAGACUUACUUUGGAGGAGGCACAGCAGCAGCUUACCUUUCUGGUGAAGAUUAUUAUGUGCAGGCGGCCAACAUUUGUGACAGAUUUGAAGACGGGACUGUUUCUUUCUUGGACAUCAUUGCUGUAAAUCACGGUUUUGAAGCUCUUUACAGGAUCACAGGGGGCAUGCACAACAUCCAGCAGCACACCUACGGCUUGGCACGCUACACUUACAUGCUGCUGUCAAGCCUUUGCCAUGGCAACGGGCGACCGGUGGCUCAGAUAUACACAGAAGGCCAGUUUGAGAGUCCAAGCACACAGGGCGCAAUCCUAAACUUCAACCUCAAGGAUUCUCAUGGGCAGAUAAUUGGGUAUUCUCAGGUGGACAGAAUGGCCAGUCUGUACAAUAUCCAUGUGCGCACGGGUUGCUUCUGCAACACCGGAGCCUGUCAGUCCUUCCUCGGGAUCACCAAUCAGCAGAUGCGUAGAAACCUGCAGGCCGGCCACGUCUGCGGAGACAGCAUCGACCUGGUGGAUGGCCAGCCGACCGGAUCUGUGCGCGUGUCCUUUGGCUACAUGUCGACAUUUGAAGACUGUCAAAAGUUCCUGAACUUUGUAGCCGAGUGCUUCGUGGAGAAGCCGGUCACAGUGGACCAAGUGAGACUACAGGAGCUAAUAACAGCCACAGCAGCAUCCGGAGGCUUACAUGAAGAGCCCCCAAUCAACAACACUAAUGGAGGUGCAGUUAGAGCAGACAAGAGGGCGAAGCCUACAGAAGCACCACUGAGGGGAUUUGGACACAGAGACUCAAACAGCCACCGGGGGGCUUAUACUCUAACCAACAUCUACAUAUAUCCCAUCAAAUCAUGUGGAGCCUAUGAGGUCCACGACUGGCCGGUGGGACCGCUGGGUUUGCUGUAUGACAGAAGCUGGAUGGUGGUGAAUGGAAACGGCGUGUGCCUGAGCCAGAAGAGGGAGCCGCGCUUGUGCCUCGUUCGCCCACAAGUCCACCUGCCCUCAAACAAAUUGCUCCUGCAGGCUUCAGGAAUGGAUACCAUUUCGGUUCCCCUGGAAAACAAAACUCAAAUGCAUGCAAGCUAUCGAGUGUGUCAGAGUAAAGUUUGUGGUGACAGGGUGGAGGCUGUCGACUGUGGGGAUGAGGCUGCAUCAUGGCUCUCAGACUUCCUCGGACAGCCAUGCCGCCUGAUAAGACAAAGUCCUGAUUUUACCCGCGACAUGAAGAAGAGGCCGAGUGGAGCUGCCACCGCCACAUCCCUCUCCCUGGUGAAUGAAGCUCAGUAUCUCAUGAUCAACCGUGCCAGCGCGGAGCUCAUUCAGAAGCUAAUGAGCAGCAGGCAGGACGACGCCGAGGGCGAUCAGCUCCUUGACGGACAGAACGUCAUUAGCCGCUUCCGAGCCAAUUUAGUCAUCGCUGGAGUAGAACCAUUUGAGGAGGAUAAUUGGCCACACUUGAUUAUUGGCAACACUCGAUUCGUGGCCGCAGGUCAGUGUGGGAGGUGCCAGAUGAUUGGAGUAGACCAGGAGACUGGGACCAAAACAAAAGAGCCGCUAAUGUCUCUGUCGGCCUACCGCAAUGGGAAGGUCACUUUUGGAGUGUACCUGACCCAUCAGCUCCCAGAGGGCUCCAAUAAAAUCAGUGUCCUCUCUGCCGGUUCCCUGAUACAGCCAGAGCCACACAGUUCCUGAAGUAGUCAUCUGCAUCAUCCUCUUUAUUUAUUUUGGUGACAUCUUUGGUCCUGAGCGGCCAUUUCUGCGCUGCACGUUCCUAAAAGUCACAUGUCAAACACUGGGGAGUUUGAUGCUGCUCUUUUUCCUUUGUCUCUGUUGCCAUGGUGCCUUUUGUCCUCUCGGAAGUGUCCAUUUCAUACCAGGGCAUUCCGAUUUUAUUCUAUCCAAGUCUGCUUUGAUGGAAAAUGAGUGACAUUUCUUCUCCUAUGAUUGCAUUCUUAAAAUGCGUGCAGUAAAGUGGAGGUGAAAUAAUAAUUGCAUGACAAAAUCCUACUUUGAAUGUAUUGCUGUUAUCUGAGCCAGAACAUGUCAGGCUUGAUGUAAUAACCACUGCUCAUCAUGUUAACCUCCCAGACAUGUCUUCUUCUGUUUAUUCCCAUGGAGGAUUAUCUUGGUAUUCCAAACACACCACUUCUGUUAGUGCGGCCACAAAUCUAUAAAAUAUUGCUCCAUGAAAUGAAAAAAACGUACCAGACACUCAAAGUAUAUGCUCUGAAUGUGGUGCUGAUUUGGACAGCUAUGCCAGAAAAAGUAAUAAUACCUUGGACACCAGAAGUGAUGUGCUCAGAGUAACAUGCUUACACAUGUUACGUCAAGGUUUGGAAGUAAAAUUGUCCCUGUUUAUUGCUCACUUAUGGUGUAGUUAUAGAGAGCGGCAUGAGGUGGCUGCAAGGUUUUGUACUACUUGUCCCAUGUUUACAAUAUGUAUGUGCCCACAUGUCAACUUGCACAGUACAUGUAGAUUGGAUAGGAUGGAGAAUGGUACCGGCAAUAUCAAACAGAAAACGUUAUGUAUGAAUGGAUGACAAUAAAGAAAGUGCCUUCAUAAAA